AUGAAAUCGCUGAUAGUUCUGUGGAUAUUGAUCCCUUCAGUCCUCUCGACACUGCCCGGACUCUCGGGAUCAGUUCCAACCCUGAAACGCCCGGUUCCACUCGGCGUGCACGCUCCCGGCGUCAACGGGGGACCCGUGCAGAAAUCACCGGUUGAGGUGUACCUCGACGAGUUCGGCUACACGGCGAGCUCAAAUGAGCUCGAACCGCCCACGCCCUUCGACUUGCAAAUGGGAUUACUCCGCUUCCAAAUGUAUCACGGCCUCUACCGAAGCGGGCUUUUUGAUGUGGAAACUGAGGAAAAGAUGGCGCUGCAUCGAUGCGAGAAUGAAGAUCUACAGAAUGGGGCCACGUUGAAAGCCAAAAUGCUUCUCCAUCCCCGCUUCCGGAAAUGGCGCCUUCGUUUGAAUCGAAAAUUCAUGAAAAAGCUCGGAUUAGAACUGGAUACAAAUCGACUGUGGAAGAAAAAGAGCCUUCAAUGGUCGAUUCAAGGCACACCGAACUCGUUGACACAAAAGGAAACGAGAGAAGCUCUCGUUGACGCGAUUUCCCGUUGGGAGAACAUUGGUGGUUUCCGUUUCUUUGAGACCGAUUCACCGAAUUCUGCCGACAUUUUGUUCUCUUUUGAGCAGAUGAGUGACAAGAAGCAUCCAACAGUGGUAUCCCGAGCUUCGGGGCCAAAUCAGAGCCGCGUUGUCUUCGACAAAUUCCAACCGUGGAGCCAUGUCAUUCAAUAUCCGGGAAGUCUCUCGUUGCAUCGCGCCGCCCUCCACUCGAUCGGACACUCACUCGGAUUGCAACACACACCCGAGAUUGACAGCUUAAUGAACCCAUUGUUCAAGAGUGCCCAACUUUUCUCAAAGAUCACCGCCAUACCCAACGAAGACGACAAAACACUGCGCGAGCUAUACGCCAUCCCGGCUCCGACGGUGACCCAGUCGAGCGGCGAAACCCUCAAAUGCCCGAAGCACUUGGACUCGGUGACGGCUGUCAGCGAAAACCUGUGGUUCUUCUUCCGAAAGUACAACGUGUGGUCGGUGAAAAACCGCAAGUUUCAAGGCGAGCACCGGCGGAUUAAAGAAGUGUUCCCCGAUGGUCCCGAUUUUGUGAACGCCACCGUGACAUCCAAUGGGUUGACGGUGCUCUUUGCGGAGAGAACGAUCUAUGGAUAUCAGUAUGAUGCGGGAAGAUUUGUGAAAGCUGAGGGUUUCCCCCGUGAACUCCACGAGCGAGUGCUCUUCUUCCCACAAGCCGCUUUCCCAUUGACGAAUGGAAGUAUUGUGUUGUUGUCGGGCAACGUCUUCGCCACUUACGACGUGCUCGCCAACAUGCCCCAUAUUUUGAACGACAAGAAUCGCAUGUUCCCCAAUUUGCCAUUCGACGUUCGAUCAGGGAUCCCGGUGCACACACAGGACUACUCAAGAUAUUACAUGUUUGAUGAGACUACGGUUUCCGAAUGGCAAUCGGCGAGUCACGAGGCCACCCCAGCCAAGCCGAUCACCGAUUUCUUCAUCUGUUCCACU